CUCAAUCACACCCCCACUCGUGUGCACCGCACGUGUCAAACAUUCUCAGUGACUCUCUCACAACGGAUCUCUCUCUCGCUCAAGAUCUUGGUUCAACUCUCUCUCCGAUCUGGAUGAUCCGAUGCCUUUUCUCAUACCGGCCUACUAAUCCCUAACCCUAGAAUUCAGUCAUUCGACUAACUUACAUAAGACCGGAGAGCUUCAGGGAUGGCUUUCAUGGCGGUCUUGGAAUCAGAUCUCCGUGCUCUCUCCGCUGAAGCUCGCCGUCGAUACCCCGCUGUCAAAGACGGCGCCGAGCAUGCCAUCUUGAAGAGGAAAUACCAGUUUAGCUUGGCUACGAAGUUGAAUUCAAAUGACAAUACCUCAAACAUGUUUAAUACACUAGAAGAAAAAGAAAGAACCGUGAAGCUGAGUGUGAUUGGUCUUUCAUGUCUGCAAAAGCUCAUAACCCAUGACGCCGUUGCUCCAUCAGCUCUCAAAGAGAUACUUUCAACACUUAAAAAUCAUGCUGAAAUGACAGAUGAGAGUGUUCAGCUCAAGACCCUUCAGACUAUAUUAGUAGUAUUUCAAUCACAUCUACAUCCUGAAAAUGAGGAGAAUACAGCUCAAGCUCUUGGUAUCUGUCUUCGGCUUCUCGAAAGUAACCGAUCCUCUGAUAGUGUGAGGAAUACUGCUGCAGCUACCUUCAGACAGGCGGUAGCCCUGAUUUUUGAUCAUGUGGUUUGUGCUGAGUCUCUUCCUACUAGCAAGUUUGGUUCUGGAGGUCAAAUCUCUCGAACGGGUACAGUUACUUCUGAUGUUAGUCGCGGCAUCAACCGUUCAGAGUCAUUGGAGAAUGAAUAUGUUGCAGGAGGGCCAUCAUUGAUGAGGGAGACUGUGACAAAUGCUGGAAAGCUUGGGCUUUGUUUGCUCGAAGACCUGACAGCUCUUGCUGCAGGUGGAUCUGCAAUUUGGCUGCGUGUCAGUUCUCUUCAACGAACAUUUGUGCUUGAUAUACUUGAAUUCAUUUUAUCCAAUUACGUGGCAGUUUUCAGAACCUUAGUUCCCUACGAGCAGGUUUUGCGGUACCAGAUAUGUUCAGUUUUAAUGACAUCAAUUCGUACCAAUGCUGAGUUGGAAUUCUCUUUCCUUCAAAUGUAUUCAAUAUUCAUUCAGCCUGAAGGGGAGGCAGGAGAGCCUUCUUUUCGACGCAUGGUUUUGCGGUCCGUUGCACAUAUUAUCAGGCUUUACAGUUCAUCCCUCAUCACGGAAUGCGAGGUUUUUCUUAGUAUGUUAGUGAAGGUUAUCUUUCUUGAUUUGCCAUUAUGGCAUCGCAUUCUUGUUCUUGAGAUCUUGAGGGGGUUUUGUGUGGAGGCACGGACGUUGCGUGUUCUUUUUCAGAACUUUGAUAUGCAUCCAAAGAAUACAAAUGUUGUGGAGGGCAUGGUUAAAGCUCUUGCUAGAGUUGUUUCAAGUGUACAGGUGUUAGAUGCAAGUGAAGAGAGCCUGGCAGCUGUUGCAGGGAUGUUCAGCAGCAAAGCUAAAGGGGUUGAGUGGAGUCUUGAUAAUGAUGCCUCCAAUGCUGCAGUCUUAGUUGCUAGUGAAGCCCAUUCAAUAACUUUGGCAGUUGAAGGUCUGUUGGGUGUGGUCUUUACCGUGGCUACCUUGACCGAUGAGGCUGUGGAAGUUGGGGAGCUUGAAUCUCCUAGAUGUGAAAAUGAUCCACCAGCAAAGUGUACUGGGAAAACAGCUGCUCUCUGCAUCUCAAUGGUUGAUUCUUUGUGGUUGACCAUACUUGAUGCGUUAUCCCUUAUUUUGUCAAGGUCACAAGGAGAGGCCAUUGUGUUGGAGAUCUUAAAGGGAUACCAGGCAUUCACUCAAGCAUGCGGGGUUCUUUGUGCUGUAGAGCCUUUAAACUCUUUUUUAGCAUCUCUUUGCAAAUUCACAAUCAAUUUCCCCAAUGAAAUGGAAAAAAGGAGCAGUGCCUUACAGUCUCCUGGGUCAAAACGUCCUGAGCCAUUAGUCGAUCAAAGGGAAAACAUUGUACUUACUCCUAAAAAUGUGCAGGCCUUAAGGACUCUCUUCAAUAUUGCUCAUCGAUUACACAAUAUGUUGGGGCCAUCCUGGGUUUUGGUGUUAGAAACUCUAGCUGCUUUAGACCGAGCAAUCCAUUCACCGCAUGCCACCACACAGGAGGUCUCCACAGCCGUCCCCAAGCUUAUGCGAGAAUCAUCUGGCCAAUACAGUGAUUUCAACAUUCUCUCUUCUUUGAAUUCUCAGCUUUUUGAGAGCUCGGCAUUGAUGCACCUAUCUGCCGUUAAGUCUCUUCUUUCUGCACUACAUCAAUUGUCAGAUCAAUCCUUGGCUGCAGCUUCAAGUGCUUUUGGACCGGCAUCAAGUCAAAAAUUGGGAAGCAUCAGUUUUUCUGUGGAAAGAAUGAUUUCCAUCCUUGUUAAUAAUCUUCACAGAGUGCAGUCAUUGUGGGACCAAGUGGUUGGCCACUUUCUUGAGCUUGCUGAUAGUUCUAAUCAGCAUCUACGAACUAUUGGACUUGAUGCAUUGGAUCAAUCAAUAUGUGCUGUUUUAGGCUCGGAUGGGUUUCAGGACAAUAUACCAACCGGAACCCAUGGUAGAUCUCAGGAGAUGGGAACCAGGCUUGCAGAGUUGAGAGCACUUGAAUGUUCGGUCAUAUCUCCACUCAGAGUACUUUACUUUUCUACUCAAAACAUUGACGUUCGAGCUGGUUCUUUGAAAAUUCUUCUGCACGUAUUAGAGAGGCAUGGAGAAAAAUUACUCCACAGUUGGCCAAAUAUUCUAGAAAUGUUGAGGUCUGUAGCAGAUGUUUCUGAGAAGGACCUUGUCACUCUGGGAUUCCAGAGCCUACGGGUGAUUAUGAAUGAUGGACUUUCAACGAUACCGGCAAACUACCUUCAUGUAUGCAUAGAUGUGACUGGGGCCUACAGUGCUCAAAAGACAGAGUUGAAUAUAAGCUUGACUGCAGUAGGCCUUUUAUGGACUGUAACAGAUUUCAUUGCAAAGGGGCUUAUCCAAGAGCCAGAGGAGAAGGAAGCAGGUGUGCAUUCUAUUCCAAAGCAAAAGGAUGGAGAAAAGGCAGAAGAACAGGCACUUGGCAUUUCAAAUAAUGUGAACGACCAAGCUUCCUUGACAAAUAUGGUUGACUAUGACAAGUUGCUAUUCUCUGUUUUUUCGUUACUUCAAAAACUUGGAGCUGAUGAUAGGCCAGAGGUCAGGAAUUCAGCUGUCAGGACCCUUUUUCAAAGUCUUGGAAGUCAUGGGCAAAAACUAUCAAAAAUUAUGUGGGAGGAUUGUCUUUCAAAUUAUGUUUUCCCUGCAUUAGAUCGUGCUUCUCACAUGGCUGCUACUUCAUCAAAAGAUGAAUGGCAAGGGAAAGAACUGGGAACUCGUGAUGGAAAAGCAGUUCACAUGCUCAUACAUCACAGUCGGAACACAGUUCAGAAGCAGUGGGAUGAGACGCUUGUACUGGUCCUGGGUGGAAUAGCACGCAUACUUCGUUCUUUCUUUCCUUUUCUCAGAUGCUUAACCAAUUUCUGGUCAUGUUGGGAAUCUUUGCUUCUUUUUGUAAAGAAGAGCACUUUAAAUGGUAGUAAAGAGGUUGCUCUUGCAGCAAUUAAUUGUUUACAGACAACUGUUCUUUCUCAUUCUCCUAAGGGGAACUUGCCGAUGCCAUACCUGAACUCAGUACUUGAUGUUUUUGAGUUUGUUCUUCAGAAGUCACCAAACUACACUGGUAAUGCAGCUGGCAAGGUCAAGCAGGAGGUUGUACAUGGUCUUGGAGAAUUAUAUGUUCAGGCACACAGGAUGUUUGAUGAAAGCAUGUACACACAGUUGCUGGCAAUCAUAGAUUUGGCUGUUAAGCAAGCCAUAAUAACUACAGAUAAUUUUGAAACUGAAUUUGGACAUGUUCCACCUGUACUACGUACUGUCCUGGAAAUCUUACCACUUUUACGUCCAACUGAGCAAAUUUCUUCAAUGUGGCUUAUUCUUCUUCGGGAGUUUUUGCUAUAUCUUCCAAGAUCUAAUUCUCCCUUACAAAAUGAGGAAGAUGAGUCAGAGCACACCAGCAGUAGUGAUCAUUUACCAGAUGCCCAUAUGAAGGUAAAAGAUGAUAUGCCUAACGGGACAGCUUCCAUAUCUCCAACCAAAGUGGAAGCUCCAUCUCUGAGUUCUGUAUCAACAUCAUCUUUAACGGCAGGCAUCCCGAGUUAUCUGUUUGCUGAAAAGCUAGUUCCUGUGCUAGUAGAUCUUUUUCUACAGGCGCCAGAAAUUGAAAAGCAUAUCAUAUUUCCGGAGUUGAUUCAAAGUCUUGGAAGGUGUAUGAUGACAAGGAGAGACAAUCCAGAUGGUGCACUUUGGAGAUUAGCUGUUGAAAGAUUCAAUGACAUUCUAGUUGAUGAUAUCAAAAGAUUAACCGUGAAUGGUGGACCAACUGAAAGUAUUGGUAAACCUGCUCGAACACGCAUCUGGAAAGAAGUUGCAGAUGUUUAUGAAAUAUUCCUCAUUGGUUAUUGUGGGAGAGCUCUUCCUUCCAAUUCUCUCUCAUCUGUAGCACUAAGGGCUGAUGAGUCGCUUGAGAUGACCAUCUUAAAUGUUCUUGGUGAUGAGAUUCUUAAGUCAUCAAUUGACGCACCGUUAAAUAUUCUACAGCGAUUAGUUUUCACAUUGGACCGUUGUGCAUCACGGACAUGCUCUUUGCCUAUCGAGACUGUAGAACUCAUGCCUUCCCACUGUAGCAGAUUUUCCUUGACUUGCUUGCAGAAGUUGUUUACCUUGAGCAGUUACUGCAAAGAAACCGAUGAUUGGAAUUUGGCAAGAUCUGAAGUCAGCAAAAUUUCAAUCAUGACUCUUAUGGACCGAUGUCAAUACAUCUUGAACAGAUUUCUCGUAGAUGAGGUUGAGUUAGGUGAUCGUCCAUUACCAAGAGCAAGGCUCGAAGAAAUCAUCUUUGUCCUUCAGGAACUGGCCCGUCUGAUUAUUCAUUCAGACACCGCAGUCGUUCUUCCCUUGCAAUCAUACUUGAAAACUGGUCUAGCAGAGGAAAAUCAAGACAAGCGUCCACAUCUACUAGUUCUAUUCCCGUCCUUUUGUGAGCUGGUUACAUCAAGGGAGCCAAGAGUAAGAGAGCUAGUGCAAGUACUUCUUAGACUUAUCACCCGAGAAUUGGCACUCGAAAAGGUUAGCCUGACCAGUUGAGUGGAGGAAGAUUAUACUUUUGACAGAGCCAUUCCUCAUAUUGUUGUACUUAGCAAAAGAAGUAACCACAUCAUAAUGUUAUUUAUUUAUACAAAUUCUUCUCGUCCUCCAUUGUCCAGAUUGUAAAGUAGUUUGUACAAUAUAGGGGGAAAAUGUCAAUUUUGUUGUAUAUGUCGGUGAUCAUUUUGUGGAUUUUGAGUAUUGGGUUUGGACUGCAUGCAAGGGAUGUAUACUGUUCUAGAGUACAUUUUGUAUUUCUUGAAACGAUAAUAUCACAUUGUAUUGAAGGAGUCAACCAAAUCACCUAAUUGGGUUUGGUUUUAGGUCUAUAUCGUGUCUUGUAGUCCAUUGAUUAAAAUCCCAAAAAGCAUAAUAGAAAUGCGGUUUUAGGCU